UCCUAACCUAUUCAAACCAAUUCACAUCCUCCCUAAAUCCAAAUACUACACCUCGUAGCAAGAUACAUAUAUAUAGUAUACUCUUGUGUUUGUUUCCUUACCUUCUUUGAUCAAUAUAACUCAUUAGAGCUCUCGUCAAACUCGUAACCUCUCGAUGGAUGAAGAGAUCGAGAUUCCUCCGUUCUUCAUUUGCCCCAUCUCUCUAGAGAUCAUGAAAGAUCCGGUGAUAGUCUCUACCGGAAUAACCUACGACAGAGACAGCAUCGAGAAAUGGCUCUUUUCAGCAAAAAAGAACUCGUGUCCGGUCACCAAACAAGACAUAACCGACGCAGAUCUCACCCCGAACCACACUCUUCGCCGUCUGAUCCAAUCUUGGUGCACUUUAAACGCAUCCCACGGCGUAGAGAGGAUCCCCACCCCAAGACCUCCUAUCUCUAAAUCUGAGAUCGAAAAACUCUUAAAAGAUUCAGCCUCUUCUCAUCAAAACCUAGCCAAGUGUCUCAAAAGACUUCGUCAUAUCGUUUCCGAGAACGCUAGCAACAAGCGUUGUUUGGAGGCGGCAGGAGUACCUGAGUUCUUGGCCACCGUCGUAAGCAAUAAAGACUCUUCGAUGAUUUUGACCGACGAAGCCCUCAGCUUACUCUACCAUCUUGACACUUCAGAGACAGGUCUCAAGAAUCUUUUAAACAGCAAGAAAGGUAACGAUAUUGUAAACUCGUUGAUGAAGAUCAUGCAACGAGGGAUAUACGAGUCAAGAGCCUAUGCGACUUUGCUUCUAAAAAACAUUCUUGAAGUAGCGGAUCCAAUGCAGAUCAUGACUUUGAAGCCAGCGGUUUUCACCGAGGUCGUGCAGAUCUUGGACGACCGGAUCUCUCACAAGGCGACAAAAUCUGCGUUGCAUAUAUUGGUGAACGUAUGUCCAUGGGGAAGGAACAGACACAAGGCCGUGGAAGCUGGAGUGAUCUCUAUGAUAAUAGAGCUUCUCAUGGACGAGAGCUUCUCAUCAGAUAGGAGAGGUCCAGAGAUGGCCAUGGUGGUUCUUGAUUUAUUGUGUCAGUGUGCGGAAGGAAGAGCCGAGUUUUUGAACCACGGAGCAGCUAUAGCAGUGGUGUGCAAGAAGAUACUUAGAAUUUCUCAGACAGCAAGCGAUAGAGCUGUUAGGGUUUUGUUUUCGGUUGGGAGGUUCUGUGCGACGCCGGCUUUGCUAAACGAGAUGUUACAGUUGGGGGUCGUAGGUAAGUUGUGUCUUGUGCUUCAGGUUAGCUGUGGAAGCAAGACUAAAGAGAAAGCAAAGGAGUUGCUUAAGUUGCACGCUAAAGCUUGGAAGGAAUCGCCUUGUCUCACAAGAAACAUGAUUCUUGCAUAUCCCUCGUGAUGAAAACCAAGAAGACAACGUACAGUCAUACAAAUGAGUCUGAUUCUCAUAUAUAAGUGCGAACGCUUAUAUGAUAAUUAUUCUUCAUAUUUUGUUGGAAUGAAUCCAAUCUUUUUGGUUUUCUUUUUAUACUUUUGAUGUUCAAGAUGUAGAUACUAGAGGGAAUUGUUCAUCAAUUUUUUUCGUAAUAAAAAUUGGGAAGAUA